AUGAAGCCAUGGACGACCAUAUCGCCCGUGCUGCUGCUGCUGCUGUCGCUGCCAACGCUCACCCACGCGCACGAGAUCAGCGGCAUCGUGCACCCUCACGCGUCACCCACUGAGAAGGUCGCGCCUUUCCUCGUGCAACUCAACGGCGGCGAGCAGACGACGUUCGUGCGGUCCGACGGUCUCUUCCGGUUCCGCGACGUCGCUCCGGGUCACUACUUGGUGACGAUUCCGUCCACGGAGCUGCUCUUCAGCCAGUACCACGUGGACGUGGCGGCUGACGGACACGUCCAAGCGCUCGAGGCCAAGUACCUGGGCGCGCCGUUGACUGGAUGUGAGUAUCCGCUCGUGGUGGAGCCCGUGAAGGAGCUCGAGUACUUUGAACCGCGCGAGAAGUUCAACAUCCUUGGGCUGAUCAUGAACCCCUCGUUCUUGACGAUUAUCGUGCCCAUUGGGCUCUUGUACGUGCUGCCAAAGCUGACCGAGGGAAUGGACCCAGAAGAUGUGAAGAAGGCCCAAGAGGAGAUGGGAUCGACGGACCCGUCGUCGUUGUUGGCAGGAAUGCUCGGCGGCGGGCAGGCGAAUGCUGAAGACAGUGAUGAUGACUAG